AAGUCCGCUCCAUCCAUUUCCAUUGCAUCUGAGUCCUUAUCAUUUAUUUUCCAUCCGUCGAUUUCAAAGCCAAGCACAAAGCUUUCGAAACCAACUUGGGGGAUGACUAGGUCAAGGCAGACAAACAAAUCUCCUGACCUGCCUGGUCUAGCUUCCACUCUGGAUCGUGAUGUUGGAAGGAAAAAGGUUAAUGCACCUGUCACAUGUAAACCCAAAACAAACUCCGCCACGGUGAUAAGUCAGAAAAGGCUGCCCUCAGCGGACAGGAGCCAAGAGUCGAUAUUAAGUCUGCUUCCAUUUCAUAUGAAUCAGGGCCCUACAAGUCUUACUCACAGCGAAAGGGGCCGAGGGGGACAAAGGUCCAGGCAGCUUUACAAAUCUCCUGGCCAAAGGACAGCGAAGAACCAAACUGCUAUGGCAAACUUUACCAAACCAUGGCCUAAAGAGAGUAUGCAGAGUUCUAAUUCUAAUCAAAACAAGAUCAUACCUAAAUAUUUAUAUCCUAAUCAAAAAUAUACAAGGGAAAUUAAUGCCUUGCAAAACAGACCUCAGGAUUCUGGGUUAUAUCAAGCAGAGUUGGUAUUAAAGAAAAGUGCUUCCAAAUCUAGCUUCAGCAUCUCACCUACCCAAAGGGAAUGUUCGAAAGAGCCGGACCCUGGUAGAAAUUCUGGGUUGAAAAACAAGGACCAACACUCAUUUUUAAGGUUUCAAGGGCUCAGAACUUCAGCCAGUAAAGGACAUGAUUUAAGUCUGGCCUAUUCUCCGUUUAAUGAACAUAAAAUUGCACUGGAGUGCCCUGUUACCAGGGAAAUCCCAAAGUACGCACCACAGCAAAAGAAUAUUCCAAACAGACCUUUGCCGCCACCCCCUCAUAACUUCAAAGUCUACCUCAAUCCUCCUGUGCCUGAAUCCUUACAAGGAAAUCAUGGAAAACAGGGAUGUGUUCUAACUGGUCAUGAUUACCAGCAUCGACAUAUCAACAAUGCAGACAAUUCGGGAAACCUCAAACUGCUCAAUCAGAGGGCCAAAGGCGACACACCAACUCGCACUGAUAACACAGAAUUCUGCAUAGAAAGUCAACAAUACGGGGAAGCGUGCCGAACUCCUUGCCUUCCUCCAUCGAAACUGGGAUCUCUUCCCACCUCCAGCAAAAUGCUUUUGCUAUCAAGAAAAAAGCCGGAAUCGUUUAAGAACCAACUGUGUCAAUUUUCUAGCCAGAGUAACAAUCCCAAGCGUGGAUUUUUAUCCCCAGUCGCUGCUUCUGAGGCGUCUUGGAGGGAGACAUGCACCGAGCUGAAUCCAAGACCUUCGAAAUGUUUGACAGACCUGAGUAAAGACUCUAACCUACAUUUAAGAUCAAUUCAUGCUGGCAUUAAAAACAGCAUACAGGUAUCCAAAUCCAGAGCUGGACCACAGGACUCGGGGGGAGGGAAGAGCUCAGAAAUUGAUAUGUUGCCCCCCAACAAAUUGCCAAAUCCAUCAAAUAAUGAGGAGACUGAUUUGUGCAGCUGCCUUGAGAAUGAACCAAUAAACAUUGCAAAACUGGGCCUGCUGCCUGGCGUCGGCCAAGAGUCUCCUGUUAUACCAUAUGCUCAGAAAACAGGCCUGCAGAAGAAAGAAGGACGAGGUCAUGACCGUAGCACCUUUCUAAAGCGUGGAUUGGCCUUAUCUUCAUCAGUGGUUUUAGGUACCCCUGAAGACGCCAAGCACUCUGCUGAAUGUACCGUAACAGGUGAGUGCAGGAAAUUGUGA